UCAGACUAAUGGACAGAACACCAGCGGGGCACUCAUCGAGGCAGUCGUGUAUUUCGUAAGAACUUUCCAUCACAUCUGGUAAGCCCUGCUCUGGGGCCUGACUGCUGCUAAGCAUGCUGGGUAAGGCUCAGCCAACGACUAGUAGCCUCAACUUGGUGAACUCUGAAGUUUGCAACACUUCAGCAGCGCCAGACGAACGCGACGGGAUCAAGAUGGCCGACCUCGUGGAAAGCCUGGACGCCAGAGAGCUGGACAUUGGGGAAGGAGAGGAGAUGGACUAUGAUGGAAAUUACUUAGGUGACUGUUGCAUACCAUUUUCAGCAAUAUACGCCACCGUGGGCUUUAAGGAGGCCACCGCUCGGGUCUACAUGCCCACCGUGCCCAUCACGGCACGGAUCAUGGAGGUGGAGCGGUUCACCACGGCACAGGACCGCUUCAAUUUGUCACACCACAGGAGUGUCAACAAGUCUCUGCCAGCGGUGUUUAAGAUCGAGCUGAAGCACGGAGAGUUCACGUGGAUGAUCAAGAGAAAGGAGAAACACUUCAUGGAGCUGCACAGAGAGCUGAGGACGUACAAGACCUUCAUGAGGAUACCGCUGCCAUCGCGCAGCCACACCGUGAGGAGGAAGACUGUGAGAAAGAGUGAAGUGAGAGAAAUGCCCUCACUGCCCCGGGGCGGAGGAGACGAUCUGGUGCGAGACGAGCAGGUCUCCAGCAGGAGGAGACAGUUAGAAGACUAUCUGAACAAGCUGCUGAAGAUGGCCCUGUACCGCAAGUAUCACCACACAAUGGAGUUCAUUGACGUCAGUCAGCUGUCUUUCAUUCAUGACCUGGGGCCGAAAGGACUGGAGGGGAUGAUCUAUAAGCGCUCAGGAGGACAUCGCAUCCCCGGAAUGAACUGCUGUGGUCAGAGUCAGGCCUGUUAUCGCUGGUCCAAACGCUGGCUGGUGGUGAAAGACUCUUUCUUGCUGUACAUGAAGCCAGACUCUGGAGCUAUCUCCUUCGUCGUUCUGGUGGACAAAGAGUUCAGCAUCAAAAUGGACUCCAAAGACACAGAAACUAAACACGGGGUCCGGAUUGAUAGCCUUUCCAGGACCCUUGUGUUUAAAUGCAGCAGCUAUAGACACGCACGCUGGUGGGGUCAGAGCAUCGAGAGCUUCGUGAGGAAUCAUGGGAAGGCUUUCCUCCGAGAGCACCGUUUUGGGUCAUUUGCACAGCAACAGGAAGACGUCCCUGCCAAAUGGUAUGUGAAUGGAAAAUCCUACAUGGAGGAUGUGGCUGAUGCAAUGGAAGAGGCCAAGGAGGAAAUCUUUAUCACCGACUGGUGGCUGAGCCCGGAGAUCUUUCUGAAAAGACCUGUUGUAGAAGGCAACAGAUGGAGGUUGGAUUGUAUCCUGAGACGCAAAGCACAACAGGGAGUGCGGAUCUUUGUUAUGUUGUAUAAGGAGGUGGAGCUCGCCUUGGGCAUCAACUCGGGCUAUAGCAAAAGAACUCUCAUGCACAUGCACCACAACAUCAAGGUGAUGCGUCAUCCAGACCACGUCUCCUCCUCCGUGUAUCUUUGGGCACAUCACGAGAAGCUCGUAGUUAUUGACCAGUCGGUGGCCUUUGUGGGCGGGAUUGACCUGGCAUACGGUCGGUGGGAUGAUAGAGAGCACCGGCUGACUGAUGUGGGGAGUGUGACGCGCUCCGUGGCCCUCGAGCAGGCUGGCUACACCAGCACUCCAUCUGGUAAGGGAGUGUCCUCCGCCGACAGCGUCUCCCAGAGUAAUGGGCAAGGAACGCUGCCAAGUGAACCAGUGGAAUUACCCAAACUGAAGGGGAUUGGUCGCAACAGGAUAGCCCGCUUCAGUCUGUACAGACAUCUGCACAAGCACGCUCUGCAGCACGGGGACAGUGUCAGCAGUGUGGACAGCGCAGGGAGUGGCUCUGCCCAAAGCCUUAAGACUGGUGUUGGCGAGCUACAGGGAAACACUCGCUUCUGGCACGGCAAAGACUACUGCAACUUUGUCUACAAGGAUUGGAUCCAGCUGGAGAAACCUUUUGAUGACUUUAUCGACAGGUACACCACUCCUAGAAUGCCUUGGCAUGACAUCGCCUCAGUGGUUCAUGGGAGAGGGGCCCGGGAUGUGGCCAGGCACUUCAUACAGCGGUGGAACUUCACCAAGAUCAUGAAGCCAAAGUAUCGCUCCCUGUCUUAUCCAUUCCUGCUGCCUAAGUCUCACUCCAGUGCCAGUGAGCUCAAAUACCAAGUUCCUGGUUCUGUAAAUGCCAAAGUGCAGGUGUUGCGGUCAGCAGCAGACUGGUCAGCUGGCAUAAAGUACCACGAGGAGUCCAUCCAUAAUGCCUACGUCCAGGUCAUCGCCAAGAGCAAGUACUACAUCUACAUAGAGAAUCAGUUCUUCAUCAGUUGCGCUGACAACAGGACUGUCUACAACAAAGUUGGCGAUGCCAUCAUUGAACGGAUCCUCAGGGCACACAAGGAAGGUAAGAAAUACCGCGUGUACGUGGUCACGCCUCUGCUUCCGGGCUUUGAGGGAGACAUCACGACAGGAGGAGGGAACGCCAUCCAGGCCGUCAUGCACUUCAACUACAGAACCAUGAUCAGAGGAGAGUAUUCAAUCAUCUCCCAGCUGAAAAAAGAGAUGGAUGACCAGUGGAUGAAGUACAUCUCCUUUGCGGGGCUGCGGACUCACGCUGAGCUGGAGGGACGCCUGGUUACAGAGCUCAUCUAUGUUCACAGCAAGAUGCUCAUCGCUGACGACAACACGGUCAUCAUUGGUUCGGCCAACAUCAAUGACAGAAGCAUGCUGGGAAAACGCGACAGCGAGGUGGCGGUGAUUAUUGAAGACUCUGAAAAGGUUCCUUCGGUGAUGGAUGGGCAGGAAUAUGAAGCCGGGGUCUAUGCACUUCAACUUCGCCUCGAGUGUUUCAGGACCAUCCUCGGAGGCCACACAGACACCAGCAUUGACGUGUCAGACCCCAUCAGCGAACAUUUCUACAAGGAGGUGUGGAUGACCACAGCAGGCCGCAAUGCCACCAUCUAUGAGAAGGUGUUCCGUUGCCUUCCUUCGUCCCUGGUGAGAAACAUGUCGGAGUUGGAGCAAUUCCAGUCCAAGCCAGGCUUGGCCCAGACCGACCUGGCCCGCGCUCAGGAGGAACUACGCAAAAUCCGAGGCUUCCUUGUCCAGUUUCCUCUGGACUUCCUGUCUGAGCAUAAUCUCAUGCCUUCCGUUGGAACAAAGGAAGCCAUGGUCCCAACUGAGAUCUGGACAUAAGGGACAUGAAGCCACACCCACAAUUCUAUUGGUUAUGAUGUUUAAUGAAUUUUAAAUGUUAAAGCAGCAAGAGACCACUUCGUAGACUCACUGGUGAGAGCUGAGAGUCGGCCUUCUAAAUACUGCUGGGCAUUGACAAAUCUCUCAAAUCAUCUGAAAAGGAAGAACACUAACUUUAACAAGUUCCUGCUUGGUAGGUGAAAUGCGGCAUUGGAACACAGAGACAAUGAUUUGCUUUUAGGAAUCAAUGAAGCUUUUAGGAAUCAAUCACAGUUCGGGAGGCGGAGGUGUUUGAACUGUGCAAAGACAGCACACAUUUCCACGGGACCAGGAUGAGGGAGGAGAGAUUUUUAUUUAUUUUCAUGAUUCUAACUUGCUCAGCUCCCCAUUGAAGAUAUCACAGAUGCAUUACAGAUGGUUGUGCCCAUCCUUCUGUGAGUUUGUGAUGUCAGCACAGAAGGUGUCAGUGGUGUGUGUGUGUUGUUCAGGAGCUCACAGCAGAAUCGUUGAGCUAGUGUUUUUGCUGCUUUCCGAAAAUUCCUUUUUUUAAAGCAUGCACAAAGAUAUAUCAGGAGCAUUUUUUUUUUCUUCUAAGUUAGAGACUCUUCCUGGCUAAGGUGCUCUUUGUAUGCCUAGUCAUGUUACUGACCUAAUGCAUACUUUUUGUCUUUCUUUUUUUGUGAAAUAGUGUAAUGGCUCACCUCCAGCAUUUCUUCUGUCGUCAUUGAAAAUAUUGGCUCGUUAUAUUUGCAGACCCCUGUUUGCUGCUCUCUAUUUAUGUGUUACACAGCGUCGUUUUACACAAGCACAGAUGAAGUUUCGCUCAUUUGCCAGUGGUGCCUCAUUUCAUAACCUUGCUAAAAUGAUGCUACAUGCGUUAGCUCCACCCCAGAUACAAUAACAAACUGUUCAGAGGCACAUUGUUUCUUGCCGAGCCUGUAUCGUGACAGAUUUUCUAUCUGUAUGUGAUUUGAAUAUUCUGCACAGCUACAAUCUAAGUGAAGCUCCACCACAUGUGUGGCAGUCUGUUCAUUUUGUUAAAUGGAGUGUAAAAUCAGAGGGAAAGCAGCUGGAUGAGACAAUCGGGCUGUAAGUUUAAAGAAGUAAUUUCCUCUUUGCUCAGCAGAUGGUGCUAGCUUCUUCAAAAUACAGUCUUCAUUCAAAAUUUGGGCAGGUAUCGUAGAGAUCCUUACCGUCUUGGUCUCUAUACGUUUUGGAAAAGUGAUUUAUGACUCACUAAAUGGGUUGGCCAACAUGCAGAACUGAUAAUUUGCUUCACUGGAAUAUUGCUCACAAGAUUUUAUCUAGUUAUGAAUUCCCCCUGAAUGUGAACUUAGAAAACCACUUCUUUGAAAAAAGCUGUGCUCAGUGCACAUAAAAGCUUGCAGGCAGUUAUCGGAGAAGACUUUCAGACAUGACAGAUGAAAGGCUAACACUGAAGGUGUUGUCAGAGAGAAUGUUGUUGAUCCAUUUUUUAAUUGGCCUGUUUUGUCAGGAUGUUCUGUCUUCGCAUGCAAGGGCUGUGACUACACUAGUCAGGCUUUGUUUUCUACGUCCCAUGUCUUGCAGAAGAAGGCAAUGGGAUGAGCCGUGGGGCUGAAGAAGAGAUACUAAUUUCUUAAUCGGGACCAGGAAAUUAAAUGUUGAUUUAUUUGAUUAAGUUUUAAAGACGUAUUCUUUUUGCCCCCCGCCUCAUUGCUUUUGACGAAAUUGUUGGUAAAGUUUACUUUUUGCUGAAGUUAUGGAUUAUGAAGCAUUUAACAAUCUUUAAACAUGUAUUUAUUUUUUGGGUGGUUGUGAAUUUGUAACUCAACCACUCUUUCUUUUCCAUAACCACCACAAAACUGUCUUUUCAGUUAACUCUGUUGAUGUAUAAUAACGUUCUUUUUUUGUAAAGUUGAAAGUAUUUCUAAUUCCGCUUAACACUGUAAUUUAAAUGGCUUAUAAGUAAAGCUUCUUUGACAAUUUUGGGUCCUUGUCUGGUGUCAUAAUGUCUGAUUAUGAUGUGUCUUCUACUCUUUCCAGGCUUUCAUAUGUUCAUAUAGAAAUGGGAGAUUUCAAUUCGUGAUUUUGUUCAAGUCUCUUAAACAUGAAUGGAAUCCAAAAUAACUGCCUUGCUCAACCCUUAACUGAUUUUAGUUGCCUAACAAAGGGGAGGUGUCACCCUUUUGGCAAGCACCUCUCCUGUUUUGUCAAACGGUGCCAAAGACGGUGUAUCCCCAGAAGUCGAAAGUAAUUUCAUUUUCUAAUUUGGGUUUCAGUUAAGUUUGCAUGAUGAUUCAUCUUUUUUUCAAGCCCCCCC